UAACGUAAAAUUGAAGUAUAAACAAACCGUACCAAAUACUCCAUAAAUACCAACUUGCAACAAUGGUUUGAUUGUAAUUUUAUUAGAAAAAUAAUAUUGGCAUGCGAAUUUAUAGGAAUAUUUUAACAUGUAGAGGAGAUGGAUUGAUGUACACUCUUUUGAUUCGUUGUUUCUGUACGCAUAAACAGGUAAAAAAGGGUUAACAUGCGUUAGUGGCAUCAUUGCGUAAGCUUUCUUUUGUAAUUUUGACAAAGGAAAAAAAAAUGUUCAUUGAAGGAGAAGACUUGCAGUGUUGAUUGGUGGCGACUACCACUAGUAGUGUUACCUAAGGGAUCUCUCUUUUUGUUUAUUUAUAACCGCUUAAUAAUUUGUUAGUUAACCACUAAUAUAUUUUAGUACUAAAUAAUAUAAAGCUUGAUAUACCUAAUGGGUUUCAUUUCGAUAAUAAAUAUGUAAGAAAUGAUGGAUUAACCAUGUAGUCUGUAAUUGUAGGAGUACUAAUACCAGUGACAACUAACAAACUCCAAUCUUAUAAUACAAGGAAAAUUAAAUAAAUUAGUAAUGUGAAUCUCGCUUUAUAAGAAAUCUUUUCUGUUGUACAAAAUUUAAACUGACUAAUUAUGUCAAUAUCCGUUCUCAAAAACACAUAAUAAGUUGACAAAAAAAAAACAUAAUUAUGACAAUUUUUUUAUUCUUGGUAGGUCCAAACCUAACUGUCAAUGGGAAUUUUCGAUUUUAUUUAAGGGGACAAGAACAAAUGGACUAUAAAGAGAAGACCAAAGCAAAGAAGAUACCGUAUCAAAUCAAAGAAAACAAGUCUACUUACAAACUUUGUGGAGAAAAUCAAGAAAAAUGAAGCCAGUUUCAUCAUUGGUAAUUAUCUUUCUUCUCGUACUGAUCUUACAAACUAACAUACUAGAGAGCGGGCAUGUCCGUCCCAAUGUUCAAGACGCGGUCAAGAACAACACUGAUAAUAACAACACAACCACUGGAGUAGUUCUAAAGGACAAGAAAAGAAGUUAUAAUGGAGGAAGCGGAAGCUAUAGAUGGGGAUGGGGUGGUGGUGGCGGCGGCGGAGGGGGAGGUGGUGGUGGUGGUGGCGGCGGCAGAGGAUGGGGAUGGGGAGGAGGAGGAGGUGGUGGAGGAUGGUACAAAUGGGGUUGUGGAGGAGAAGAAAGAAGAAAAGGACGAGAGGGAAGAGGAGAGUUUGUGAAAAGAGAAUAUGCGGAGUGCAAAGGAAACGGCAAAUGUAGAGGAAAGAUAUUAGAAUGUCCUCAACAUUGCGGAGGCUUUUGUUUCUAUGAUUGUCUCUUUCUCUGCAAACCACAUUGCCGUCGCUAGCUAGAGAUAUAUAUCCAUGCAUACUCUUCGGGUUUACGAUACUUUUUGGGGUUUAUUUGUUUGUUUUUCUUUUGGGUUUCUUCUUUACAAAUCUUUUGGAGCUCUUGAGUGCUGAAAACGAAAAAAUAGCCAUUAUAGUAGGAUCUUAUUCAUCAAAGGUUUUUUUUUUUUUUUUUGCUUUCGAUGAUGAACUGAAAAGUUCACAAGGAAUUCCUAAAACGAGACUUUUCUUUUACCAAUGCAAUGUUAUGCUUUUUUUCUUUGCUUUCUAUAAUGAACAUAUUUU